CCCGUAUUGUAAACGCAGUAGCUUAUUGACAGGUACUUAAACAAAAAUAUCCCUAUUUAUUAAAGAAAUGGGAUUGCAUUUUCAAAUAUCUGAAAAUCGUGCCUUCACUUCUCGUUGAGAUAAAGUCUACGCCAAGUCGUCACUCGUCAUUGCCUGUGGGAGUAAUAAAAAUUGAAUCAUCAUACGCUUGCCAAAAUGCUACCUCCGCAUUUCGUCACCAGGAACAUCAAACACUUGAUUGAAUUAAAUUAACACACGUGUUUAUUAACUGAAAACAAUAAUCAAGAUUUUACAUGUAUUGUUAUUAAUUGCGUUAAGAGCUUAUUAAAUUUGUUUCAUUACCUAGGUAGUAUAAAAACUGUUGUAAGUACAGGGUAGUCAGUCCUCGUGCGCUUGUAUAGUAGUACAUCAUCAGACAAUAUGUACAAAUUGUUAUUCAUUUUGCUUAUCGGACUCAUCGGCUUCCAGGUAGCACUGGGACAAAAAGAGGAAGAAUCUGAACGGAGGGGUGGAUUCAAGGUAGCUGUAAGUCCCCAACCCCACUUUGGCAGCGCGAUCGAUAAAGUUACUGACUUGAUCCCUAGUCGCUCAAUUAUCUUCGGGAAAUGCAAAGGCCUUGCUAUCAGGUUGCUUGAGUUGAUAUUGUCACCCUUUAAUCGAUGUCAUUGUGGUACCACAUAUGUGAGGCCGCCAGUGAAAAUAGAACGCAAGAUAGUAGACCAGAAGGUCACCAACCCCUUCGGGUUCUUUAAAUCAGAACCCAACAAAUUGGCACCGACAGAGUGACAUGACAGAUAACUGAUAAUAUAUGUAGAUGAAUUUAUUUAUGUUGGCAGUUCAAUGAAGCAAUAAAGCAAUGACCAAAAAAAGCCUAUGGAU